CAUUCAGCAGCGAGCCGCAGUCUCUUACACAUUCUCCUUACAUCACUCUCUCUCAGCUACUUGAGUUUCCAGUUUCGCCUCUUUCCUGAUCGCUCGCUUUGGCUCUCUCCGCAUCUCGCCUUUCUCGCAGAAGCUCGCUUUUGUGCUCAUAGUUGCCGUCGAAAUGGCUCGCCUCCUUCCCAUCGCUCUGCUCGUCCUGGCUCUGUCGUGCGCCUGCUUCACCGCGGAGGCUAAGGUCUACCGCGACGGCACCCUUCAGUGGACUCUCAUCACCCAGGCGCUUCAAAAGGGCGGGAAGCACAGCACUUACCUCUCCAUCGUGAACAAAGCAGGCAUGAAGAAGUGGAUCACUGACUACCUCUCGUCGUCCACCACCGGCUUCACCUGCCUCGUUCCGUCCAACGCUGCCUUCAAGACUGCCAAACCCGCCACCCUGAAACCCUAUGCCAAGUCAGCAACCACUCUCCAGGAUCUGGUCAAGUUCGGCAUGCUCAACUUCCAGGCUCUGCCCCAGCGCCUGGCCAAGGACGGUGUCGGUCAGGGUUACGUCACUUUCAGCGGCAAGGACAGGCAGAUCCAGAAGUACCAGCCCGUCAAGGCCGGCGCCGUGACUCUGGGCCCCCAAUUCGCUCAGCAGGGUUACCAGCUUGCGAACAUCACCAAGAUCCUUUACAAGGACCCCACUGCCAUCUGCUACGAGAUCGAUAACGUCCUCGUUCCGGUCAAGUAAACGAUUACUCGGUAUACCUUGUCAUGUCGGUCAUAUACUUUCAGACUGGAGUAGCUGCUUCUCGCCGCCGAAUCCAGCAGCUUCCACAUUGUGGAACGGAAGCGGCAUAGGCUUAGCAUAAUUUAUUGUCCCGUAGCAAAAAUAUAACGUCUUAUUGGGGCUUACUGAAUGCUUACAUAUGUGCUCACUUCAGCCUUGCCAAACGUCA